CUGUCUUGCUGGGAGUUUGCUUCCCGGGGUGUUUUUGCUUCUCUCCUUCAGCAAUAUUCGCCCUCUUCCUGGUCGCCUUUUCUCAUCAAACAGGAAUGAGAGCGGCUGCCCUGACCCUCGUAGCUUUCCUGCUGGGUUUCUCUCAGGUCGCGGGCCGCAGCUGCCCUUUCCCAUGCCGCUGCGCGCCGCUUCCCCUUCGCUGCCCUCCCGGAGUCAGCUCGGUUUUCGACGACUGUGGCUGCUGCCAGGUGUGCGCCCGCCAGCUCAACGAGGACUGUGACAAGCUGUCGCCCUGCGAUCCUCAUAAAGGCCUGGAGUGCAAUUUUGGGGCCGACCCCUUAGCGAACCGGGGCAUCUGUUGGGCAAAGCAAGAAGGUCGGACCUGCGAAUACAACGGCCGUAUCUACCAAAAUGGAGAGAACUUCCAGCCUAGUUGCAAACAUCAAUGCACUUGCAUUGAUGGAGCGGUGGGUUGCCAGCCUCUUUGCCCACUGGAACUGCCUCUGGCUUCGCUAGGCUGUCCCAGUCCCCGGCUCCUUAAAGUACCCGGUCAAUGCUGCAAGAAAUUUGUGUGCAGCAAAGGAUCCAAGAAGUACAAAGGUGUCACCUUUGAGUACAACUCAAAUGGAGAGGCCAGUAACAAUGAAAUCAUCUUUGUGGGUAAAGGUGGACACUGGAAGAACCUGCCAGCAUGGAGACCAUUCUUCCAGGAUCAAGAUACAAAGCAAGAGCGCAAAUGCUUGGCCCAGACCACACACUGGUCCCCGUGCUCUAAGAGUUGUGGUUUUGGCAUCUCUACCCGCAUCAACAGCAAUAAUCCCCAAUGCAAGCUGAUCAAAGAAACCCGGUUGUGUCAGGUCAGGCCCUGUGAGCAGCCUGAUUUUUCAAAGCUAAAGAAAGGCAAGAAAUGCCUGAGGACGCACAAAGUGCAAGAGCCUGUGAGAUUCAGUCAUGCUGGUUGCAAGAGCCCACGUCGUUACCAGCCCAGUUUCUGUGGGGCCUGCCUGGAUGGCCGCUGCUGUGUACCUCUGCGCACUCGUACACUAGAUGUACCUUUCCAUUGUCCUGAUGGGAGCAGUUUUACCAAGAAAGUCAUGAUGAUCCAUACUUGCCAGUGUGGGGCAGCUCACUGCCCGCUGCUGAGUGAAGAUGCCAUGGGACCCCAGUAUCAGCUGAAUGGGGACAUCCACAAAUUCCUGGAAUGACAGGGCAUGCCAACCUGUCUACCGGCGAUGGCUCUGAUGGAUUACUUUGGAUCAUCCAGGCCCUUCCCCGUCCUGCUUGAUCCAUGAAGCUAAGACAGGCUGUAGUUGCUCUGCUUCCCUGAAUGCAAAUCCGGAAGAUAAAAUGGCAUUUGGAAAUGGCCUCACCCUUCGGUAUUUGGAAAAUGCAUUGGGCUAUGUUGGGAGUAUGGCUAUCCAGUGGGAACGGAUCAAAUGGCACUGAUUUCAGUCUCUCUACUCAGUCCAGCCAAGCUCAGGCUGGAACUGAGUCUCAAGCUACUAUGGUAGGAGAAGAUCAAAGACUUCUGAUUUGAUUUGAUUUCUAUUUCAUGGCCCUCGUGCUCGAAAGUUUGAGGAAGCACAGCAUUGUGCACUAUUGGUAGCGUGG